GAAAACUAUAAAAAGCCAGAGCUUCAAGCACAUUGAGGAUUUGGAUAUGUUUUGAUGCCUGCUAGCUAAGGGGCCAAAAUGGUUCUUAAAAACAGUAUCUCAACUUUGAUCCUCAUCAUGUCAUCUCUGACUGUGAUGACUCGUGGAAAUUCAACAGACUGUGAUCGACGGUGUCUGGCAAAUAUUUUGGUUAAAAAAGAACUUCUGAGCGCCCCACAGGGGGAUAACUGUACCAUCAGAGUAAACAUUACUUCAAUACAAUACGAGACUCUGUCUUUUGAUACAAAAGAAAUGCAAAUGAACAGCCGUAUCAAGGUCAACAUGCAAUGGAAGGAUUCAGAUCUUGGGUGGACAAAUGAUACAUAUAGAUUCCCAACAGUUGUGUUACCUGUUGAAAAAAUCUGGACUCCAAGGAUAGUUCUUGACAAUGCAGUAGAGACUACUAUGGAGCCGUACACAAAUGAUGUGCAGGUGAGGAGAGAUGGCGUUGUGGAGCAUUCAGUUAUCCUGUUUACGACAGUGAGCUGUGAAAUCAACUUAUUCAACUACCCCUAUGUGUUUGGGGAGUGUCCCGUGGCCAUCAAUGGAUGGAGCCAAAAAUCUUGUUCGCUGACCUUGUCCAUUGCUAAUAAUGUGACUCUGAUCAGUGGUAGUCGAGGGGAGUGGCAGACCUUGAGCGUGUCCAAAAAUGAGGAUAAGACGCAAGAAGAUCGCAAUUAUCUCUUUGUCACCCUGUCUAUCAACCCCUUCGGUGCCUUCGUGACUCUGAUCUUGCCCAGUGCACUUAUAAUGUUAGCCGACCUGGUGAGCUUUGCUCUGCCAUUUGAAGGAGGAGAGCGCAACUCUUUCAAGGUCACGCUGGUCCUGAGCUUCACCAUGUUCCUUCUCAUCCUCAACGAACAUCUGCCUAAUGGUGGAAACUGUAGCCCUCUCCUCCAUUAUCACUUCAGUUUCUGUCUGGUGUGUUUGGUCCUAAGUAUGCUGAUUUCCAUAGUGUUAACACGUCUGUCUGUAGACGGCAGCAUCUUGCCAUGCAGACGUGUGAAGGUUCAUCCAACAUUGGACACCCAAACACACGGCAGUGUGGAUGAAGAGAAAGAUACUGAUGUGAUUGAAAAAAACUCUGGUGGUCUGAACUCGCAGCAGGCUGCACUUCAGAAGAUAGUGAAGUUUCUGGAGAACAUGAAUAAAGAUGACAAGCAGACAGAUGACACCAUGGCCUUUUCCUAUCGACUGGACAAAAUUUUAUUCUACAUUUUUGUAUUCAUUUACAUUUCGUACAUUAUAAUUCUUAUUUGCAUUACCCGGACAGACAUUUGCAAGGUUAAUAAUCUGGAUUUCUGGGAUGAUUCUGAGUAUUAUGAUGACAACUUUGACUACUCGUAUAAUCCUGACUAAUUUCAACAACAAAGUCUCUCAGCUUUUAACCAUUCUUCUGGUUAUUAUAUAUAACCUGAAUAUAAAGCAAAUUUUAAUGUAGUAAAGCAGACUUUAUACUUGUUAGAAAAGCAUUAUGAUAUCUUAAAUAUGCUGUAAGAUCUCGAUCGCAAUUCUCAUUCCUUUUGUGAAUGUUUGUGAGAAAUUUUAUUAACGUGAGCAAAAACAUUAACUGGAGUCUAAAAACAUGAAAAUACAACAAUCCCAUCUGUCUCAUAAAACAGAACCUGCCUUUGGGCAAAAUCUAAUAUACACACCUGUCACACGAUUACAUUUCUAUAUCAAUAAAACGAAUCUGAGUAUUGUUG